UAUAUACAGCCAACACAUUUUCUGCUCUUUAAUUCUGAAUGAGAAAAAUGACAACAUCAUAUCAUGUUUUUCUUUCUUAGUUUCACCUACUUUAAAGCUGAUGUAAGGUACAUUAAUAUAGGCCUAUUUAAAAUAUGUAAUAGAAUUGAAUGUUAGCAUGUUAAAAGAAAUACCUGCCUCAAAAUAAACACCAUUUUUGUUUCUUUUUUUGUUCUUUCGAUUUUUCUUUCUUUUGGGAAAAAAAAACUUUUAGUAAUCUGAGCUAGAGACAGCAUAAUUUCCUCCAUCAUCAAAGUUUUUGCCUGAUGGCCAGCAAACUUAGCUGUUUAUUUUAAAGCAUUGGUUUGUUUGUGGCAGUUCUUGAAACUCAAACACCUGAAUGAGACAAACGAUAUUUUAAACAAAUUAGUUAAUACUUUUUAAGCGUGGUCUGCCAAUUUUUUUUUUCUUUAAUACUCUGAAAAUUCUCCGUAAAGUCCGUAAAGUUGACUGUGUCCAAAUACCUUUUCAAGGGCAGCAAACAUCACGCUAGAAAGAUUGAGAUAGUUUCCCUUAUUUGACAAAUGAAACCCCGAACCUGUAAUCAAUAAAUAUAUGAAAUGACAUCAUAUCCAAGUUUUCAUUUAUUGCAUAAAUUCUACUGAAUAAGACACAUACAUAACGUACAUACACACACAAAACCGCAAAUUCCGUAAGAGACAAGUUUGAUAUGAAUUUCUCUCCAAGUUAUAAAAAUCAUAACCUUUGAUGUUCUUCGGUCCGGUCUUGGUGGCCCGUCGGUCCCUCACAUUUCAGAGGUGCUGCAGGACACUGAGUUCUUUUGAGGGAAAGAGGCAGUGUUUGUUAAGACUCUCGAGCAUCCAAUGAGCUGAAGGCUGCCUCGAAAAAACGCGUCCAUCAUGGCUUUCCAGCCAAUGCGCGGCGUCGAGGGGCGGAGCUCAGGUGCGCGCCGCUGCGUCCACUUGGCAAAGAGCCUGGGAGACGCCUGUGGCAAAAGAGUAACUGUCAAAUGCAAGGUUCCUUUAAUAGGAGCGAUCAGUCCGGCUCCGAGAGUCAUGGCGACUACAGCAUCCAAUCAUUACAAUAUCCUCACCUCCAGCCCAUCUAUUGUACACUCGGAGCCUGGGAGCAUGCAGCAAGCCACGGCUUACAGGGACGCGCAAACCCUGUUGCAGAGUGACUACUCACUGCAGAGCAACAGUCACCCGCUCAGCCACGCGCACCAGUGGAUAACAGCCCUGUCACACGGAGAAGGAGGUCCGUGGUCGUCCAGUCCCCUCGGCGAGCAGGACAUCAAGCCAGCGGUGCAGAGCCCCCGGGACGAGAUGCACAAUUCCAGCAAUUUACAGCAUCAGUCGCGGCCACCCCAUCUGGUACAUCAGGCGCACGGGAACCAUCACGAUUCAAGGGCAUGGAGAACGACGACGGCGGCUCACAUCCCCAGCAUGGCCACGUCGAACGGACAGAGCCUUAUUUACUCGCAGCCCGGGUUCAGCGUGAACGGUCUCAUCCCGGGCAGCGGCCAGGGCAUCCACCACCACAGCAUGCGCGAAGCGCACGAAGACCACCACAGCCCGCAUCUCAGCGACCACGGUCAUCCACCGUCCCAGCACCAGCACCAGCCGCACCAGAGUCACCACGACCACUCGGACGAGGACACGCCGACCUCAGACGACUUGGAGCAGUUUGCCAAACAGUUCAAGCAGCGGAGGAUCAAGCUGGGCUUCACGCAGGCGGACGUCGGACUAGCUUUGGGAACGCUCUAUGGAAAUGUGUUUUCGCAGACCACGAUAUGCAGGUUUGAGGCCCUGCAACUCAGCUUCAAAAACAUGUGCAAGCUCAAGCCUUUGUUGAACAAGUGGUUGGAGGAGGCAGACUCCACAUCUGGCAGCCCCACGAGCUUGGACAAGAUAGCUGCGCAGGGGAGGAAACGCAAAAAGAGGACUUCCAUCGAGGUAAGCGUCAAAGGGGCUUUGGAGAGCCAUUUCCUUAAGUGCCCGAAGCCAGCCGCGUCGGAAAUUACUUCGCUGGCGGACAGUCUGCAGUUGGAGAAAGAGGUAGUGAGGGUUUGGUUUUGUAACAGAAGACAGAAAGAGAAACGGAUGACUCCUCCCGGCGGACCUCUGCCGGGUACCGAGGACGUAUACGGAGACACGCCGCCGCAUCACGGGGUUCAGACGCCCGUUCAGUGAGAAAAGACACAAACAACACAAAAACAAGGACAUAUCUUUAUCAUACUGACUGCCUCAGUCUUCAUUUAUGAUUACGUUCACAUUUGGAGCUAUCCAAAGUGAAAGCAGCUGCGGUUUAGACUACUACUGAGGCGGGAGAGCAGAUUAUAUCCGUCUUCAAUGUUACUCAAAAUUCGUACCGCUGCAACAGAGGGGACCGUGCGUUCCCCGCGCCAGCAAAGAGAACGGUUGUUCUGUGAAUACCCAGCACUGUGAAAAGACGCAGUUUUAAGGUGUAACCCUACUAUUUAUCAAACACUUUGAGACGAGCGAAAUGUCCCUCAAACGCGAGCAUUGGGUGUCCCAUAGCCAGUUGUUUACAUCUAGGCGCAUUCACUGCUUUUUCUUUUUGCGGGAUUAGCCUGAAAAGUGACUAGUGCCGCAGCAUUUGACAAAUACACGCCAUUUUUACUUUUGUUGUGGGCGACUGAGGGUGAACAUCGAUUCGAUUGAAAAAAACAACAACAUCAGUGUGACAUGCAUCCACCCACAGUAUUCAACUAUUUUCUUGGGAUCAAAAGGCCUUUCAAUACUAUUAUUAUUAUUACUGCUGUUAUUAUUAUUAUUAUUAUUAUUUUAUAAACAGCAUGGUUAUGUACCAGUUCUCCUACUCGUGGAGACACUCGUUUGAGGUGCAAGGUCACACUAAACAGAUGUUGUAGUCUUGGCGCCAAGAAAUUAGUCUCACACAAUUGAUUCUGGUCCCUUUCUCCGUUUUAUCAAUACGGAUGGGUCCAAAUUGAAAAGAAAUAAAAAGAAACUUCCAGCAUCGAGCUGCAGACAGGUCACCCGAAGGGCUAGCGACAAAAACCUGGCAUUUCCUUCGAUCUAGUCAUAUUUCCAUAAAAUACAAUUGUUUCACAGGACUCCACACAGUGCUGUAAAUAUUGUAUAAUUUUUAAAGGACAUAGCUACGUUAUUCUCUCACUUGAGCACUUUUUCGUAUCAUUUUGAAUUUGGAAAAGAUUUUAGAGGGUUUUGUUUAUUUUAUUUUUGUCUUAUUUGUUUAACAUUAGAGUCUUGGUAUAUUUUGCCUUUAUAUUUAUAGUCAUUUAGCAGAAUAUCGCUUGCUAUCUCUUGCCGAAGUCAGUUGCUUUUUAACCCACAUUCAGCUGCUUUUUUAUAAAUUAUGAGCUGACUUUACUAUAUGUUUAUGUAUAGUAAACAAUGUUCAGUCUUCAACAAUGUUAGCACUAUUUUCUACCCAACGAAUUCAAUAUUAUAUAUCUCAAACAUUUGAAUGUCUUUUUUAAUUAUUUUGAAAUAGAGAUUAUUUACACAGUAUCGUGGAGAAUGGGAAAAAGCAAGUGAUGUGACCUGCAAUAUUUUCAUUUGACGUCAAACGAUUCUGCAUUGUUUCUUAUGACAAAGCGUUUUGUGUUACUUUAUAUUUCCAUCAUUUAACAAGCAUAUCAAUUUAUAAAACGAGCACUAUUAUUAUUAUUAUUAUUAUUGUUAUUAUUAUGAAAUAUUCUCCACGUUUACCCAACAUCAGAGCUAUACAGUAAAAGGAUACUUGGACUUUGAAUUUAACUGUUUUUGUUCUAUUAGUUUUUUUGUGCUUUAUAGUUCUUCAUUGUGUUGGUUCCGAUUCGCAUUUAUAGGGACACGAUGCAGUGAUGAUUUACUGAAAAUGUAAACACUGGAAGGCUGGAAAAAUUAGAAUAUUUUUCCCAGGGGCUUGCUAUACGUCACUAUGUGUAAAUACAAUACAACAAUCAGAAAUUAUUAUUAUUAUUAUUAUUAUUAUUAUUAUUAUUAUUAUUAUUAUUAUUUUCUUAUUGUAUUAUUUUGCUUAUAUUUUAAUUCAUAUUUUGGUGUAAAUCUAUUCCACAGAAAUUCCAGGGACAUCUGUUAUUAUCGUUCUACCUUUUUUGUUUUUCAAAAGAAACAUUUACAUAGAUUAAUUGAUCAAACUGUCAUGUAAUUCUACAAAUACUGUGGGAGCUAUUUAUUUGUCGUUUUAUUUACUCUGUCAGAAAGACUCCAUCAAACGUUGAACUGGAUGAUUUUGUGGGUAUAAUAAAAUGCGCAGAGGUUGUGAUAGAAAUUUGAUUUUGUAGCAUAUGCUGUUUUUUUCUGAAUCGAAGAACCUGACAUUUUAUGUCGUCGGGUGUAAAACAAUAUGCGGACAAAGCCUGUAUUUUAUUAACGUCUAGGUCAAGUUUUUAAACGAAAUUUUAAAACGUGAAACCGAAUUAGCACUAUACGUUCAAAUGGCUUAUGUCACCGCAAUCAAAUGAAACUGAGUUCGUGAAAUUUGUAAGGCACAAAAAAUGCAAACCAAGACGUUUUUUUUGUUUUCCCUGAAAUGGAAAAAAAAAAAAGUAAAUAUGAUAAAGCGGACAGAGAAACUGAGAACUGACACAGAUGUGUUGCUGAAGCUUUCUUAUCUUUUUGCGUUUAACACAGCGCGCUGGUUUUUGUGUACUGCAUUUAUCAGUAUAAAAAUGUUCGGCCUGUGUUUAGAAAAUGUAAACUAAUUAGAUUUAAAUGUUGCAGAUUUUGUAAAGAACCAGUUAUUAAGAACUAUUAUUUAUGGUGUCGCUUAGUUUGUGGCAUCAAAACGUGGGCCUUAAUAUAGGCCUUCUUUUAUGGCAUUAUUUAUAUCGCGUGUUUAUAUUGUUGCUGUCUUUGUUUGCAACGUAGUUUGUCAGUUCGAAAUUAUUUAAAAUUUGA